CCAUGUCAACAGCAACUUUUCAUCCUAAGGGAUAUAAGGUAAUUCAAAGUAUUGGGAAUUGGAAUACUGGAGAGUAACUCUCUUGAAUGGUGAUUGAGAGUAAGGGUAGGAAAUAGGCUGGUAAUGAAAGCUGAAGUUUUCCCAUUUUAUUGGGACAAAGAAGAACCAAGAGUACAAAGAUGUUGUAUUUGCAGAUUGAGGCCCAGAGAGUAAAUUCCAAGAAUCUACAAAAGGAGAAAGAGUCAAAAUAUUCUGAGAUAAGAAGUGCACAAGAAAGGAAAGGAAAUUGUAAGCGUGCUGGAGGUAGUGUGGAAAUAUGGAAUAAUGGAAUACUAGAAGAGAAGCCAGAUCCUUCCCUAUCUACCUUCACAGUGUCAGACUCAGAAUGGGUGAAGCUAUGUCCUCAAGAGAAAUUAUGCUGGGCAAAAAAUACCCAAGACCCUCGUAUUGCCAUGGGUCAUCAAUCCCCACUAGAAAAAAAAAUUGUGAGUUUAGGUGGUCUGCAUACUCCAGCAUCGAGAAAUCUGUUAGCUCAAAGACAUAAAGAGGAAAAUGAGUCACUCUCUAGGGAAAAGGCUAUGUCUAUUGACUACCAACUUGCUAAAGCAGAGACUUAUUACUAUUCAAGAAUAAUGGAAAUAGUAAAUGAAAAGAAUGAAUUUAAGAAGCCCAGAAUUGAGCUACUAACAUCAUCAAAAAACCAGAAAAUCACAGAAGCUGAAGAAUGGGACUAUUUAGUACCAGAGAGAGAGUUACAACAAAUAGAGAGUCACAUACGCAGAGCAGAACAGGCCAGAUCUAUCAAAGAUUCAAAAUGUAAAUCAUUAUCCUAUAUCCCUAACAAAAUACAUUUUCCUAAACUGUCACCUGAAAGUAAGGAGAAUGUUUUCCAAAACACUCCAUCCAUUAGAAAGAAAGUAAGGGAGUGGGACCGGAAUCAGCAAACUAAAGAACAUCUAGAACGUAUGAAGCGAGGUAGAGAAUUUAAUGAGGAAAGGACCAAGGAAAGACUUUCUGUAAAAAUCCCAGAUCCUCCUCCUCCAUUUCAAAAGCAUAUAAAGAAGAAGAGCCAUAAAGUAUAUGAAUGGAACCACGCUUAUCCACUUCUCCAACCUCAUGCUGAAAGUCCAAUUGAAGUGGAUAUCCUUGUGGAAGAACCAGAAAAAAAAGAUGUAAGAAAGGUUAAAAAGCGAGUUCAUAGAACAUUUUUGAGCAUUCCUACAUUUUUGAGAAGUCACUUAGAAAAAAUGAAACAUUAUUAAAAUUCUACUUUCGUAACAAA